AUGUCCGCACCAUGCUGUACAUGCUUUCCAUUUUUCCGACAUGAACACGAUGAGAUGCAAAAGAAGACAUUUACAAAAUGGGUCAAUUAUCAUCUUGAAACUCAUAGUUCGUCAGAACUGGUGGAAGAUCUAUUUGAGGAUCUCAGAGAUGGUGUAUUAUUAUGCCAUCUUAUCGAAGUUCUUACCGGUGAAGCACUGCCAAUUAAUAAGGCAAAAGAAUCAAAACGGGUACACCAUAUCAGCAAUUUAACAACAGCACUAGCAGCUUUGCGACGUCGCGGUCUUGAUUUGGUGAACAAUAAUCCAGCAGAUAUAGCCAAUGGAAAUCCUCGAAUAAUUUGUGGACUCAUUUGGCAGAUGAUCCUUCAUUUCCAGAUCGAGACUAACGUCCAGUUGUUGAAAGAAUGGGGAUUUGAGCUAGAAUUGGCCAAUAGCCCAUCAACGUCUAGAAUUGGCAACGGAAAUAGUCCCUUUGGUAAAUUACCACAUCAGUUACGUAUUGGACGUCUAAAAGCACCUGUUGAUCGUGUAGUAUUACGAUGGGUAAAUGCACAACUUGCAAGACCUUAUAAUAUCAAUCUGACUGAUAUGGAUAAAAGUUGGCGUGAUGGAAUUGCUUUCAAUGCACUGAUACAUCGUAUAAGACCUGAAUUGGUGGACAUGGACAUUGUGUAUCGAAGCAAUCCAAAAACAAAUCUUCAGCAGGCGUUUCGACUAGCAAAGGAACAUCUGCAUAUACGACCAUUACUUGAUGUGGAAGAUAUGUUAUGUGACAAAUCAGAUAAACGAUCUGUGAUUACUUAUGUAUCACAGUUCAUUCGUACCUUAAAGCAUUUACGACCGAUCGCUACAUGUCAAAUGAUUGAUGACCAUUCGUUGAUUUCCUGGAUGGAAGAUACUUUGAGCAUCUUAAGAUCAUCUGUUGAUGCACCACUUUAUGAUCAAUAUCAGACAUAUCUAUCAUUACGAAAACAGUAUUUUGAGCAUCGCAAUGCAUAUUAUUCACUUCGCGAAUAUGCUACUAAAUUACCGGAAGGUGAAUGGAAUCAAAUUGAAGCCAGUUGGAAAAGGAUUGGAGAUCUUUUGGAAGAAUGGAGUCAUAGCUUGGAAUGUGAAUUGCCAGAAAAAUUAUCUGAAUUGGCACAAUGGUUAUGUACUGCAGAACAAAUGAUACAAAAUCCGGUAGAUAUACGGGUGGACGAUGUACAAUUAUCACUGUCUAAUAUCAAUGAAUCAAUUAGUCAUCAUAAGAUUCAUUUCUCGGAAUUCCCUUAUCGAUCGGAACGAUUUCAAACUAUUUACCUUAACCGAAAGGUAGACGAACGCGAAAUUGCCGUGGAAUUGCUAGAACCAUUGAAGAUUCGAUUCAAUACUCUAGCAGUUGCAGCUCCACGUCAUUUGCAAUACCUUCAUCGAGUGCAAGCACAUUAUCAGCUUCUUUCUAAUGCAGAAGCGUUGAAUCAAAAGAUGGAACGAUGGAAAUCCAGUGAUUCAGCUGCUGCUAUUCAAAAAUCUUUGAAAGAAUAUAAGAUGGAAGCGGAUGGCGCUCCAGCGAAAAAAUUCAAACGACUUCUUGCGCAUCUAAAACAAGUUUACAGUGAAGCUUCCGUAGAAGAAACUGAAUGCGUUAUCAAGCAGUGCGAGGAUGCAUCAUUAGAAACAGUGGAAAAAUUCCAGCAAUUGAAACCACAUCUGGAUGAACUUUCCAAAUUUUGGCGUGAAUUUGAAAAUACUGCAGCUAAAAUUGAAGAGAGAAUUACGCGUUCAGAGCGUGAGAAACGCAAUCUGAUUGACGAAGAUGACAAGGAAUUGUUGCAAUAUUGUGAGAGGAUUCGCGAUGAUAUCGCAAGAUUUGGAAAUGAUCAAGUACAGCAAGUUGUUAACAAUCGUCUUUCUGAACUGAGAAAGCGUAUCAGUACCAUAAAACGAAAAAUACCAACAAAAGUAACAUCACAUUUGCAAGGAAAUGCAAUAUUGGAAAAAACAGUCCGAACUAAGGUUACAGUACCAACUGGUGAAAAUAUUGAUGCUACAACAUUAGAUAAACAAAGCCCCGGAAACAGUCGACUUCAAAAAUGGCUCGUUAUGGCUCGUCAACAAAUGUCUACUGUUGUCACCGAUUUGAGUAGCUUAGAACAAGCAAUUAGUCAAGUGACAGAUUGUCUUCGCGAAGUGCAAGGAGUGGAGAAUGAACGGAUGGCAUUGUUAAAGACGCGUAUUGCAAACAAUGAACAAAAUAUAGGCGAAUAUCGCAAACUGCGUUCCGAUUUGCAAGCUCUGUUGCAACAUAUGAAAAAUGUUCAACCUCUGUUUUUAUCAUUUGAAAAAAAUUAUGAUAAUGUUCUAAAUUGGCUGAAUCACCAAGGCAAUGAAAAGGAAAAUGAAGAAAGUGAGAAGUCUGAUAUGAUUAAUCAUAUGACAUUCUUACUAGAAACUUUGUCACGAAAUGAAUAUAAAGAAUGGAUUAAUUGUGACUUCUUGCAACAUCGUCUCGAUGAAUUAAUACACAGAAUAAAGGAAAGAAAAGAGAAACUUGAGGAAACAACAGAAUCAUCCAGAAUUGCGGCCAAAAUAGCAGCGGCAUUAGCUAGAAAGAAGAAACUUUUGGAACAAUCUAUAGAAAGUUGGACAGAUAUUACAAUUUUGGUCGACCAUAUCACUGAAAUUGAUACUCAUUUGGAAAGUAUUUUCUCUGCAGGCAGUAAUACUUCUAUACCUGUAUCCAAUGAAUUCAGUAUUGAGAAGGAAAGACUUCAGAAAGAAUGGCAUCAGAAAACAGAAGCUAUUGGUCAAUUACAAAUGAUUCAUGAUGCAAUUGGGGUGCUUCGAAAUAAGCUAACCGGAAAUCCACAAUUAUCGGAAUUGAUAUUUUUGAAUGCGGAAAUAAAUAGUCUAAGUCAGCAGUGCAUUAAUGUAGUUGAUAUCAGCGUCAUAAACCUUCGAAAUCGUUAUCUGAAGGAAAUUGAGGAGGAACUUCGUACAGCCAUCACAGAAUCAUUCUCAAGGGCGGAGCAGCGAGUCAUCGAGUUGUCGGUGGUUGGCGAGACGGAUGUACAGCUUGCUGUUGACAUUCUUCAGGAUUACGAAAAAGAGGCACAAGGAAUAUUGAGUGACGACCCAAGGUUUUUGGGGCUUGUUGUAGCUAUUAAGGAGGCCCAAAAAACCUUAAAAGCAAAAAUGGAUCUCUUCACUGGCUUACAACAUUUCUAUGACACAUUAGAUACCAUCAAACGAGAAAACAAACAAUGGAAUACGAUCACAUCACAACAGGUCGAAGAAGUAUCUGUAAGGCUUGAAGAACUUUUAAAACUUGUUGAAACCGAAUGUGCGCCUGAGGCGAAUGCUCUAUGUUCGCAAUUUGAAUCUAUUCGAUCAUCUUUUUUCCAGCUAGAAUUUGAUCGAAUUAAGGAAAAAUUACGGGUUCUUGUAUUACAACUGGAUAGACUGGUGGAUUUUAUGGCAAAACGAAAGAUUCUUCUACUCAGAUUCAAAGAAUUCCAAAAAUUUGUUAAAGAUGCUGAGGAUACGUUACUCAGAACAAUGCACGAUGCCUCGAUUGGUGUAGAAAUUGAUAUGCAUAGAAUUACGAACGAAAUGAGUGCAGUGUUCGAUAAAUUGGAUAAUUUAGGAAAAGAGCUUACAGCUUGUCAAAUUGAUGCUAAUAUGAUGAUCGCCGAUAUGUCGGUUGUUGAUGCCUUGAACAGAAUUAAAAAUAUUUCCUUGGACGUUGGCUAUAGAGUUCGAGAAGAACCGAUGGGACUAUCAGAGUGUUUCCAAGAAUUUUUCGACGUGUCGAAUCAAUUGGAAGACGCGUUUUGUACGGAUAUUAAAAUAUGUGAACAUUUGGAUGAUGUUGUUGAGUUCAUUACUGUUUCAAUGGAAAAUGAUAAGAAGGAAGCUGAGCUGAUGGUUCGACUUAAUACAAUUGCUGACGAUCUUGCCGCUCAUGAAAAAACUAAAGCAAAUGAUAUUCUUUCGAAGCUGAAACGAAUAAUGGACAAACGACAAGAAGUUCGACGGGUAACAGUGGAAGACUGUAUAGAACGAUCAUUGGUUAUCCUGACACAAAAAGAGGAACAACUGGAAGCAAUUAUUGAACGUGAUAUUAAUGACCAAAAUUUGGAUGCUUUUGAAACUGAUGAAGUCACGAAGUGGAUUCCAUGGAAAGAGGAGCUUAAUCAGUUAACAAUGUUAAUCAAAAAUAACAAUAUUCAAUGGCGAAGUUCACUUGAUCACCUUGUCGAGAAGGCCGCCAAUUUUGACGUACGAAUUGCACGUUUAAAGAAAACAUUUGUCAAAUCUAAGCGUCGUGAACAGCGAGUAUCUACAAAGCUGGCUGCAUUUGCUAAAUGGAUUGAUUUAAUGGAGGAAGAUCUUAAUCGAGCAGAAUCUUUGGAUGAUGCAGUUGAGAAGGCAGGAAGGCUUCGCAAGAUUCACAAUAUUUGUUUAUCACAUCAGAAAUUGGUUGACAAAUUGUUAAGUUCCAAACUUAAUCCACUACAAUCAAAUGAAGUUAAAUUUCAAUGUGAUCGGUAUUUUACAUUGCUGCAUCGAAGUGCCUCACAUGAUUUUCCAGAAGGACAAGUAGUUUCAACAAAUCUAUUAGAUAUACCUUCAUCAUUGAUGCUAUCUCAGAUUUCUCUUGGUUCGUUAUCGACUUCUGGAACUGAUGAAGACGAGAAUCACUGUAUUGAAAUAAUGUCGUACGAAGGAACUAGUUCUGCCUCUGCUUUGGAACAACGGGUAUUACAAGCAACAGAAACCUCUGAAAUACGACUUUUAUUAUCGGAUAUUGAUUCGGAAUUGAAUAUAUUGGCCAAUUCGUUAAGUGGACUGAAUGCUGAUUAUGCUCGAUCACUGAAACCAUUAAAUAGUGCUCAAGCUGAUCUGGAAAAACUCAGAGAUCUCAAUAAGAAAAGAUGUCAGUUGGAUGGCGCCUGUGACAGCCUUUCGCGUAAAGUUUCCGGUGAUGAUUUUGCCGUCGUUCGUUCGUUAGCGCUACAUCUCCAUUCCUUGGAAGAACCAUUUACGACAUUUCUGCGAGAAUUGCAAACAGAAGUGGACGAUGAGAUAGCGUUACAAGCAAAUUAUGAGGGUAUUGCCAAAAAACUCAAUGAACUGAAUAUCGAUAUCGACCAGCGCGCUCGAAAUUCUAUUCAAGAUGUUCGAAAACAACUGGAACAUGUUCAAUCGGAUUUGAAUUUACUACGAACGCAGUGUUCUCAUCAGCGAAAAUAUGUUGAAAACAUGUUGGAAUGUGUUCCAUCUAGUGCAACUCCUACCAGUAAUUGCUCAAGACGAAAGAAAAUUAUGCUUAUGGUUUCCACAACUGUGACAACUAUAAUUCAGGUUGUCGAGGACGAAUUACGACAUUCACCUAGCAUUAAAGAAAAUGAUCUCUUAGAGCUGAAGCAGAAGCUGCAAGAUGUGAACACCUGUAUCGUUGAUGACACCGAUGCAGUGGAUCAUGGAAUUCUUUAUAUUCCUACAGACAAGAAGGAAUUGCAAAAGUCUGAGCAUGAAAAUGUGGUGCAAUCUGAGCUCGCACAGCUGGGAAAGGAAGAAUCGGAAAAAGGAAGAACGAAAAAGAAUAAAAAAGCAUUAGCCGAACAAAUUAAUACACUUGAAUCAGAGUUAAAUGAAACAUUUGGUGAAAUUUUACCACCAAUGAAUGAGCUUAUUUCUCGAUCGCAUCAAGAGAGCAUCAAUCUUCCAUCACUUCAAUCUGAACUUGAAAAUACACAAAAUUUCGCUGAAAAAUGCAAGAGAAAAUUGGAUGAGAAGCUAGCAGAAAAAGAGGAAAUGAAAAUGGUACAAUCUGAGCUUGCAGAAUUAGAAGAAAAAAUAUGUUUAGCUAAUCAAUUGCUAACAUAUGAUGUAAAAAAUGCUGAUAAUCUAGAAGAUAUUGAAGAAAAAGCGAAAAAUAUUGAAAAUUUGGAGCAAUUCAUGAUUUCAACAUUGGAUAAGUUAAAAGAUUAUGAUGGCAAUAUGAUGUUGAAUGAAGCAAUGUCUCUUAUUGAUAAGCUACGUAUUUUACGGGAAUCUAUUGCAAAUCAUCAGAAAUCAUUCGCUGAUUGGAAAAUUGCUUACGAUAAAUUAGAAGAUGAAAUACGAGAAAUUAAUGAUAAUAUGGAAAGAUUAUUUAUUAAUUAUACAGAACCACAAUCGUAUACAACAGCAACAAACGAUAUAAAUAUAUUAGAAGGAUUACAAAAACAGAUCAUGGAAUUAUUAAAGAAAACGAUCAAUAUUGAAGAGAAUGUAGUGCAAAAUUUACCAAACUAUCAUUCUGCAAUCAAUAUAAUGAAGCAAAGAAUUGAAAAAACUGCCAAAGAUAUUGAGAAUUUAUUAUCAUCGCUUAUUGAAGAUGUUUCAACACAAAAGCAACUUGUUGAUAUGCAAAACGAUUUGAUCAACCAAUUGAGUAAAUUAAAUGAUUGUGCCAUAAUGGUUCGUAGUGCACCAUAUGAUGAAACACAUGCUGCACGAUUAGAAGAAUUAAAAAAUGAACUUGCAAAAGUAAGUGAUAUAUUGGAAGAAUUGAAAGAAAAGGAAAGGAAACCAAUAAAACUGGUGCAACAUUCAAACGAUUUAAGAAUAUCAUCUAUAGUUGAUCAGUAUGAAAAUGUUAAUCAUCUUCUGAAUGAAACUGAAGAGCAAUUGAUGAAUGAAGCUGCUUAUGUAACAUUACAAUCAACAAUUAACAACGAAACGAAAGAGCUACACUAUAUGGUAGAUGAAGCGUAUAAAGUUGAAAAUGAUACUAAUGCAACAACAAACGAUUUGAAGAAAGCAAUUGAUGAUCUCAAAAAUGGUCGAUCACAUUUGACAGUAUUACAAGAUGCAUAUGAUAAAUUGGAAACAAUACCAGAUACGGAUUCAUUACGUGAGAAAGUAAUUGAUGAAAUUUCAACACUAAAUGAGCAAUAUGAUAAUGUUGAAAGAAUUUUAGAAGAUCGACUUGAUAUGCUGAAUAAAUUUGACGAAAUAGCGGAUAAUGUAAACAAGCAGUUGAUGGAUCUUGAAAAUGAUGCACAUAAACUGGAAAUUCCAAAUGCCAGUUGUGAAUUAUCCGUUGCUGAGAAAAGGCUUAAUGAUGUUAAUAAAUUAGAAGAAUCAUUGAAAGAAUUAUACGAAUUGAAAGAACAAUUAACACCAUUAUUGAAGCCUGUUUUUACAGUUGAAGAUUUCGGUAAUCGUUUAUCAGAUGUGAACAAAAAUUUCCAACAAUGGUACGAUGAGCUUGUGAGAAAGAAGCAAGAAUUGGAAGCUGAAAAUAAUCUAUCAUGUUUAAUCAAUGAUUUCAAGCAAACUCUUAUUAAUGCCGAAAAUGAUUUUGAAAAGCUUGAAGGAACGAUGAAUUCAUUGAAGAAUUUCAGAGAUAUAAUUUUACCAAUGGUAGUUGAAAAAUCGGAUCGUAUCAGAGAUCUAAUACUACCGGUAAAAACUGAAAAUAUUAAAGAGCUUUAUCAUGAUGUCGAUAAACUAACAGAUCGAUAUAAUGAUUUAUCAACACGUGUGAAUGAUAAAUUGAAUCAUGCAAAGGAGCAGGAGAAUCUAUUUGAUGAUAUCCAACGACAGCUUGAUGAUAUGGAACAAAAAGCUGAUGAUUUUCUCAACAAAUAUAUCACUUCACAAGAUUUAUCAAUUGCUAUGGAAGAUAUCGAUCAAUUGCAUUCACUUCUGAAUCAGAUUCCAACAUCAGCAAUGGAAAAUAUCAUUGAACGUGGGCUCAGAGAGAAUUUAUUAAAGAAAGCAGAUAUUAUAAAGAAUAAGAUUAAAAAUUUACUUCUUCCACUGGAAAAAGAUAUGAAAAAGGAGCAAGAAUUGAUGCAAAAUGUUCAUGAAAUACUAUCGACAAUAACUUCAAUUGGUGAUGAUGUUAUUGGAGUUGAUAGCAUAAAUGAGCCAUCACAACAAUUGAUGAGCAUUGGUGAAUUAACUGAAAAUUUGCGAAAAUUGAAAGGAAAAGUUGAAAAACUAGAAGGAAAAUUACAUAAUUCGGAAGGUAUGGUAAAACGUGCAUUAAUAAGUGAUGAUCUUUAUGAUCGUGUUGUACAAUUACAAAAUGCACUUGAUGAUAAGAAAGAGAAAUUAACCGAUCGUGCCAAAUUAUAUUCCACAACUGCGGAGAUAAAUUUGAUCAACGAAAAUGUGCAACAUUAUAUAAAUGAAAUGGAACAAAUACCAUUGCAAACAGUUGAAGAACAAAAUAAUGCAUUAAGUGAGCUUGAAGGAAAGAAACAUCAACUUGAAAUUUUGCUAGAAAAUAUUCCGAUGAAUGAUGAAGGUAAUAAGUUACGUGAGGAUGGUAAUAGAUUACUGGCACAACUGAAUGAUAUUCUAAAACGGUUAGCUGAUGCAGUUGGAGAAAAGCUUGCAGCAUUAGCAUCAUUCAAUGCAAUUAGAGAUGAAAUUGAAAUACAACUCUCAUCAUUGCAAUCAAUGCCAAUAUUAAUUUCUGAUGAAAUUACUCUAUCUGAACUUGAGCAUCAAUUGUGUGAUAUAAAUGAUAAAUUUAUUAGUUUGGAAAGGUUUAAAAAUAAAAUCGAUGAUAUUGAUGAAAGAAAUCUUGAUGUGGACAAAAUUACCGAAAAGCAGAAUCUUCUUCAUACAAUCGAAAAAGCUUUGGAUCAUCUAAAGGAUGGUCAACAAAUGGUAGAGAAACGAAUCAGUGAUUUGCGUAUCGCAGAAAAAAUGCAUGAAGAUGGCAAUCAUUUGUAUGAUGAAUUGAACGCUUUAAUUAAAGAAGGUGAAGAAGUGCUAAAUGAUGCUGAAGCAAUUCCAACUAUAUAUACUACUACAAUGGAUGCAUUUGUGAGCCCUCUUGAAAUGGCAACAAAAUUGCUUCAAACAAUGCUGGAAAAUGACGAAAUGGCUAUACGUUUAAAGGCAACUGUUAAGGAUGCAAAAGUACUUCAAGCCAAUUUGUCACAUCAUGCCAAUCUAUGGUUACAGUUUGUUGAUGAACGAGAUAAUGCAACAGAUCAGCUUGAAAUAAAACGAAAGCCACUUGAUGAGAUUGGAAAUAAGCAUAUUAGAUCAUGUGAAGAAGUAAUUGAUGAUCUCGAUAAACUUAAGAAAGCAGCUAAUGAAUUGAAUGAUUUACGUAGUGUGAUGUCAAAAUUGCAAAGCCUUUCCGAACAGUUACAUCCACUGGAAACUGCAUAUGCAGAUGUUCGCUUUUAUGAUGUAGAUGUUGAGCAAACACAACAGCAAUAUGAAAAUCUCAUAUCUUUGAUAAAUAGCGAAUUACACGAUGAAAAUAUUCUGAAUGAAUCUGCUCAACAAUUGGCUCAAGAAUUAGAAUAUCUUAAUGGCAAAUUUUCAAUGGAAUCGAUUAAUCGUGAACAAUUUGAGGAGAUGCUAAAUCAUCAAUUACCUUCAUUACAAGCUAAGCUGCAAUUUUUACAAGCAAAAGAUGAUGAAGCAAAACGAAUUCGUAUUCAUGUUGCUCGUAUAUCUCAACCAUCAAUUGAAACAUUAGCCGAACAACUGAAUCAUAUUUACGUGCUUGUAAAAGAACGAUUGGAUAAUCUGUCAAAAAUAGAAAAACAAGAAAAAGAAAUGAUUAUCAAGAUGGAAUUAGAAAAGCUGCGUACCGAACCAUAUGAUGAAGAGAAAUUGAUAAAAGUUGAAGAACAAUUACAGCAGCUUCCUGUAGAAGAUGAAAAUACGCAAAUAUUAGCUAUAGAGGUACAAAAAUUACGAGCAGAUAAAGUUGAGCGUGAUGCAGUUAAAAAAGAAAUCGAAAUGAAACUAGCCGAAUUACUCAAUCGUAUGAAUGUGAUACGGACAAACUUGAGUGCAAUAAUGGAAGAGAAAGAAUCGGAAAAAGGAAGAACAAAAAAGAAUAAAAAAGCAUUAACCGAUAUUGAUGAACAAAUUAAUGCAUUUGAAUCAGCGUUAAAUGAAACAUUUGGUGAAAUUUUACCACCAAUGAAUGAGCUUAUUUCUCGAUCGCAUCAAGAGAGCAUCAAUCUUCCAUCACUUCAAUCUGAACUUGAAAAUACACAAAAUUUCGCUGAAAAAUGCAAGAGAAAAUUGGAUGAGAAGCUAGCAGAAAAAGAGGAAAUGAAAAUGGUACAAUCUGAGCUUGCAGAAUUAGAAGAAAAAAUAUGUUUAGCUAAUCAAUUGCUAACAUAUGAUGUAAAAAAUGCUGAUAAUCUAGAAGAUAUUGAAGAAAAAGCGAAAAAUAUUGAAAAUUUGGAGCAAUUCAUGAUUUCAACAUUGGAUAAGUUAAAAGAUUAUGAUGGCAAUAUGAUGUUGAAUGAAGCAAUGUCUCUUAUUGAUAAGCUACGUAUUUUACGGGAAUCUAUUGCAAAUCAUCAGAAAUCAUUCGCUGAUUGGAAAAUUGCUUACGAUAAAUUAGAAGAUGAAAUACGAGAAAUUAAUGAUAAUAUGGAAAGAUUAUUUAUUAAUUAUACAGAACCACAAUCGUAUACAACAGCAACAAACGAUAUAAAUAUAUUAGAAGGAUUACAGAAACAGAUCAUGGAAUUAUUAAAGAAAACGAUCAAUAUUGAAGAGAAUGUAGUGCAAAAUUUACCAAACUAUCAUUCUGCAAUCAAUAUAAUGAAGCAAAGAAUUGAAAAAACUGCCAAAGAUAUUGAGAAUUUAUUAUCAUCGCUUAUUGAAGAUGUUUCAACACAAAAGCAACUUGUUGAUAUGCAAAACGAUUUGAUCAACCAAUUGAGUAAAUUAAAUGAUUGUGCCAUAAUGGUUCGUAGUGCACCAUAUGAUGAAACACAUGCUGCACGAUUAGAAGAAUUAAAAAAUGAACUUGCAAAAGUAAGUGAUAUAUUGGAAGAAUUGAAAGAAAAGGAAAGGAAACCAAUAAAACUGGUGCAACAUUCAAACGAUUUAAGAAUAUCAUCUAUAGUUGAUCAGUAUGAAAAUGUUAAUCAUCUUCUGAAUGAAACUGAAGAGCAAUUGAUGAAUGAAGCUGCUUAUGUAACAUUACAAUCAACAAUUAACAACGAAACGAAAGAGCUACACUAUAUGGUAGAUGAAGCGUAUAAAGUUGAAAAUGAUACUAAUGCAACAACAAACGAUUUGAAGAAAGCAAUUGAUGAUCUCAAAAAUGGUCGAUCACAUUUGACAGUAUUACAAGAUGCAUAUGAUAAAUUGGAAACAAUACCAGAUACGGAUUCAUUACGUGAGAAAGUAAUUGAUGAAAUUUCAACACUAAAUGAGCAAUAUGAUAAUGUUGAAAGAAUUUUAGAAGAUCGACUUGAUAUGCUGAAUAAAUUUGACGAAAUAGCGGAUAAUGUAAACAAGCAGUUGAUGGAUCUUGAAAAUGAUGCACAUAAACUGGAAAUUCCAAAUGCCAGUUGUGAAUUAUCCGUUGCUGAGAAAAGGCUUAAUGAUGUUAAUAAAUUAGAAGAAUCAUUGAAAGAAUUAUACGAAUUGAAAGAACAAUUAACACCAUUAUUGAAGCCUGUUUUUACAGUUGAAGAUUUCGGUAAUCGUUUAUCAGAUGUGAACAAAAAUUUCCAACAAUGGUACGAUGAGCUUGUGAGAAAGAAGCAAGAAUUGGAAGCUGAAAAUAAUCUAUCAUGUUUAAUCAAUGAUUUCAAGCAAACUCUUAUUAAUGCCGAAAAUGAUUUUGAAAAGCUUGAAGGAACGAUGAAUUCAUUGAAGAAUUUCAGAGAUAUAAUUUUACCAAUGGUAGUUGAAAAAUCGGAUCGUAUCAGAGAUCUAAUACUACCGGUAAAAACUGAAAAUAUUAAAGAGCUUUAUCAUGAUGUCGAUAAACUAACAGAUCGAUAUAAUGAUUUAUCAACACGUGUGAAUGAUAAAUUGAAUCAUGCAAAGGAGCAGGAGAAUCUAUUUGAUGAUAUCCAACGACAGCUUGAUGAUAUGGAACAAAAAGCUGAUGAUUUUCUCAACAAAUAUAUCACUUCACAAGAUUUAUCAAUUGCUAUGGAAGAUAUCGAUCAAUUGCAUUCACUUCUGAAUCAGAUUCCAACAUCAGCAAUGGAAAAUAUCAUUGAACGUGGGCUCAGAGAGAAUUUAUUAAAGAAAGCAGAUAUUAUAAAGAAUAAGAUUAAAAAUUUACUUCUUCCACUGGAAAAAGAUAUGAAAAAGGAGCAAGAAUUGAUGCAAAAUGUUCAUGAAAUACUAUCGACAAUAACUUCAAUUGGUGAUGAUGUUAUUGGAGUUGAUAGCAUAAAUGAGCCAUCACAACAAUUGAUGAGCAUUGGUGAAUUAACUGAAAAUUUGCGAAAAUUGAAAGGAAAAGUUGAAAAACUAGAAGGAAAAUUACAUAAUUCGGAAGGUAUGGUAAAACGUGCAUUAAUAAGUGAUGAUCUUUAUGAUCGUGUUGUACAAUUACAAAAUGCACUUGAUGAUAAGAAAGAGAAAUUAACCGAUCGUGCCAAAUUAUAUUCCACAACUGCGGAGAUAAAUUUGAUCAACGAAAAUGUGCAACAUUAUAUAAAUGAAAUGGAACAAAUACCAUUGCAAACAGUUGAAGAACAAAAUAAUGCAUUAAGUGAGCUUGAAGGAAAGAAACAUCAACUUGAAAUUUUGCUAGAAAAUAUUCCGAUGAAUGAUGAAGGUAAUAAGUUACGUGAGGAUGGUAAUAGAUUACUGGCACAACUGAAUGAUAUUCUAAAACGGUUAGCUGAUGCAGUUGGAGAAAAGCUUGCAGCAUUAGCAUCAUUCAAUGCAAUUAGAGAUGAAAUUGAAAUACAACUCUCAUCAUUGCAAUCAAUGCCAAUAUUAAUUUCUGAUGAAAUUACUCUAUCUGAACUUGAGCAUCAAUUGUGUGAUAUAAAUGAUAAAUUUAUUAGUUUGGAAAGGUUUAAAAAUAAAAUCGAUGAUAUUGAUGAAAGAAAUCUUGAUGUGGACAAAAUUACCGAAAAGCAGAAUCUUCUUCAUACAAUCGAAAAAGCUUUGGAUCAUCUAAAGGAUGGUCAACAAAUGGUAGAGAAACGAAUCAGUGAUUUGCGUAUCGCAGAAAAAAUGCAUGAAGAUGGCAAUCAUUUGUAUGAUGAAUUGAACGCUUUAAUUAAAGAAGGUGAAGAAGUGCUAAAUGAUGCUGAAGCAAUUCCAACUAUAUAUACUACUACAAUGGAUGCAUUUGUGAGCCCUCUUGAAAUGGCAACAAAAUUGCUUCAAACAAUGCUGGAAAAUGACGAAAUGGCUAUACGUUUAAAGGCAACUGUUAAGGAUGCAAAAGUACUUCAAGCCAAUUUGUCACAUCAUGCCAAUCUAUGGUUACAGUUUGUUGAUGAACGAGAUAAUGCAACAGAUCAGCUUGAAAUAAAACGAAAGCCACUUGAUGAGAUUGGAAAUAAGCAUAUUAGAUCAUGUGAAGAAGUAAUUGAUGAUCUCGAUAAACUUAAGAAAGCAGCUAAUGAAUUGAAUGAUUUACGUAGUGUGAUGUCAAAAUUGCAAAGCCUUUCCGAACAGUUACAUCCACUGGAAACUGCAUAUGCAGAUGUUCGCUUUUAUGAUGUAGAUGUUGAGCAAACACAACAGCAAUAUGAAAAUCUCAUAUCUUUGAUAAAUAGCGAAUUACACGAUGAAAAUAUUCUGAAUGAAUCUGCUCAACAAUUGGCUCAAGAAUUAGAAUAUCUUAAUGGCAAAUUUUCAAUGGAAUCGAUUAAUCGUGAACAAUUUGAGGAGAUGCUAAAUCAUCAAUUACCUUCAUUACAAGCUAAGCUGCAAUUUUUACAAGCAAAAGAUGAUGAAGCAAAACGAAUUCGUAUUCAUGUUGCUCGUAUAUCUCAACCAUCAAUUGAAACAUUAGCCGAACAACUGAAUCAUAUUUACGUGCUUGUAAAAGAACGAUUGGAUAAUCUGUCAAAAAUAGAAAAACAAGAAAAAGAAAUGAUUAUCAAGAUGGAAUUAGAAAAGCUGCGUACCGAACCAUAUGAUGAAGAGAAAUUGAUAAAAGUUGAAGAACAAUUACAGCAGCUUCCUGUAGAAGAUGAAAAUACGCAAAUAUUAGCUAUAGAGGUACAAAAAUUACGAGCAGAUAAAGUUGAGCGUGAUGCAGUUAAAAAAGAAAUCGAAAUGAAACUAGCCGAAUUACUCAAUCGUAUGAAUGUGAUACGGACAAACUUGAGUGCAAUAAUGGAAGAGAAAGAAUCGGAAAAAGGAAGAACAAAAAAGAAUAAAAAAGCAUUAACCGAUAUUGAUGAACAAAUUAAUGCAUUUGAAUCAGCGUUAAAUGAAACAUUUGGUGAAAUUUUACCACCAAUGAAUGAGCUUAUUUCUCGAUCGCAUCAAGAGAGCAUCAAUCUUCCAUCACUUCAAUCUGAACUUGAAAAUACACAAAAUUUCGCUGAAAAAUGCAAGAGAAAAUUGGAUGAGAAGCUAGCAGAAAAAGAGGAAAUGAAAAUGGUACAAUCUGAGCUUGCAGAAUUAGAAGAAAAAAUAUGUUUAGCUAAUCAAUUGCUAACAUAUGAUGUAAAAAAUGCUGAUAAUCUAGAAGAUAUUGAAGAAAAAGCGAAAAAUAUUGAAAAUUUGGAGCAAUUCAUGAUUUCAACAUUGGAUAAGUUAAAAGAUUAUGAUGGCAAUAUGAUGUUGAAUGAAGCAAUGUCUCUUAUUGAUAAGCUACGUAUUUUACGGGAAUCUAUUGCAAAUCAUCAGAAAUCAUUCGCUGAUUGGAAAAUUGCUUACGAUAAAUUAGAAGAUGAAAUACGAGAAAUUAAUGAUAAUAUGGAAAGAUUAUUUAUUAAUUAUACAGAACCACAAUCGUAUACAACAGCAACAAACGAUAUAAAUAUAUUAGAAGGAUUACAGAAACAGAUCAUGGAAUUAUUAAAGAAAACGAUCAAUAUUGAAGAGAAUGUAGUGCAAAAUUUACCAAACUAUCAUUCUGCAAUCAAUAUAAUGAAGCAAAGAAUUGAAAAAACUGCCAAAGAUAUUGAGAAUUUAUUAUCAUCGCUUAUUGAAGAUGUUUCAACACAAAAGCAACUUGUUGAUAUGCAAAACGAUUUGAUCAACCAAUUGAGUAAAUUAAAUGAUUGUGCCAUAAUGGUUCGUAGUGCACCAUAUGAUGAAACACAUGCUGCACGAUUAGAAGAAUUAAAAAAUGAACUUGCAAAAGUAAGUGAUAUAUUGGAAGAAUUGAAAGAAAAGGAAAGGAAACCAAUAAAACUGGUGCAACAUUCAAACGAUUUAAGAAUAUCAUCUAUAGUUGAUCAGUAUGAAAAUGUUAAUCAUCUUCUGAAUGAAACUGAAGAGCAAUUGAUGAAUGAAGCUGCUUAUGUAACAUUACAAUCAACAAUUAACAACGAAACGAAAGAGCUACACUAUAUGGUAGAUGAAGCGUAUAAAGUUGAAAAUGAUACUAAUGCAACAACAAACGAUUUGAAGAAAGCAAUUGAUGAUCUCAAAAAUGGUCGAUCACAUUUGACAGUAUUACAAGAUGCAUAUGAUAAAUUGGAAACAAUACCAGAUACGGAUUCAUUACGUGAGAAAGUAAUUGAUGAAAUUUCAACACUAAAUGAGCAAUAUGAUAAUGUUGAAAGAAUUUUAGAAGAUCGACUUGAUAUGCUGAAUAAAUUUGACGAAAUAGCGGAUAAUGUAAACAAGCAGUUGAUGGAUCUUGAAAAUGAUGCACAUAAACUGGAAAUUCCAAAUGCCAGUUGUGAAUUAUCCGUUGCUGAGAAAAGGCUUAAUGAUGUUAAUAAAUUAGAAGAAUCAUUGAAAGAAUUAUACGAAUUGAAAGAACAAUUAACACCAUUAUUGAAGCCUGUUUUUACAGUUGAAGAUUUCGGUAAUCGUUUAUCAGAUGUGAACAAAAAUUUCCAACAAUGGUACGAUGAGCUUGUGAGAAAGAAGCAAGAAUUGGAAGCUGAAAAUAAUCUAUCAUGUUUAAUCAAUGAUUUCAAGCAAACUCUUAUUAAUGCCGAAAAUGAUUUUGAAAAGCUUGAAGGAACGAUGAAUUCAUUGAAGAAUUUCAGAGAUAUAAUUUUACCAAUGGUAGUUGAAAAAUCGGAUCGUAUCAGAGAUCUAAUACUACCGGUAAAAACUGAAAAUAUUAAAGAGCUUUAUCAUGAUGUCGAUAAACUAACAGAUCGAUAUAAUGAUUUAUCAACACGUGUGAAUGAUAAAUUGAAUCAUGCAAAGGAGCAGGAGAAUCUAUUUGAUGAUAUCCAACGACAGCUUGAUGAUAUGGAACAAAAAGCUGAUGAUUUUCUCAACAAAUAUAUCACUUCACAAGAUUUAUCAAUUGCUAUGGAAGAUAUCGAUCAAUUGCAUUCACUUCUGAAUCAGAUUCCAACAUCAGCAAUGGAAAAUAUCAUUGAACGUGGGCUCAGAGAGAAUUUAUUAAAGAAAGCAGAUAUUAUAAAGAAUAAGAUUAAAAAUUUACUUCUUCCACUGGAAAAAGAUAUGAAAAAGGAGCAAGAAUUGAUGCAAAAUGUUCAUGAAAUACUAUCGACAAUAACUUCAAUUGGUGAUGAUGUUAUUGGAGUUGAUAGCAUAAAUGAGCCAUCACAACAAUUGAUGAGCAUUGGUGAAUUAACUGAAAAUUUGCGAAAAUUGAAAGGAAAAGUUGAAAAACUAGAAGGAAAAUUACAUAAUUCGGAAGGUAUGGUAAAACGUGCAUUAAUAAGUGAUGAUCUUUAUGAUCGUGUUGUACAAUUACAAAAUGCACUUGAUGAUAAGAAAGAGAAAUUAACCGAUCGUGCCAAAUUAUAUUCCACAACUGCGGAGAUAAAUUUGAUCAACGAAAAUGUGCAACAUUAUAUAAAUGAAAUGGAACAAAUACCAUUGCAAACAGUUGAAGAACAAAAUAAUGCAUUAAGUGAGCUUGAAGGAAAGAAACAUCAACUUGAAAUUUUGCUAGAAAAUAUUCCGAUGAAUGAUGAAGGUAAUAAGUUACGUGAGGAUGGUAAUAGAUUACUGGCACAACUGAAUGAUAUUCUAAAACGGUUAGCUGAUGCAGUUGGAGAAAAGCUUGCAGCAUUAGCAUCAUUCAAUGCAAUUAGAGAUGAAAUUGAAAUACAACUCUCAUCAUUGCAAUCAAUGCCAAUAUUUAUUUCUGAUGAAAUUACUCUAUCUGAACUUGAGCAUCAAUUGUGUGAUAUAAAUGAUAAAUUUAUUAGUUUGGAAAGGUUUAAAAAUAAAAUCGAUGAUAUUGAUGAAAGAAAUCUUGAUGUGGACAAAAUUACCGAAAAGCAGAAUCUUCUUCAUACAAUCGAAAAAGCUUUGGAUCAUCUAAAGGAUGGUCAACAAAUGGUAGAGAAACGAAUCAGUGAUUUGCGUAUCGCAGAAAAAAUGCAUGAAGAUGGCAAUCAUUUGUAUGAUGAAUUGAACGCUUUAAUUAAAGAAGGUGAAGAAGUGCUAAAUGAUGCUGAAGCAAUUCCAACUAUAUAUACUACUACAAUGGAUGCAUUUGUGAGCCCUCUUGAAAUGGCAACAAAAUUGCUUCAAACAAUGCUGGAAAAUGACGAAAUGGCUAUACGUUUAAAGGCAACUGUUAAGGAUGCAAAAGUACUUCAAGCCAAUUUGUCACAUCAUGCCAAUCUAUGGUUACAGUUUGUUGAUGAACGAGAUAAUGCAACAGAUCAGCUUGAAAUAAAACGAAAGCCACUUGAUGAGAUUGGAAAUAAGCAUAUUAGAUCAUGUGAAGAAGUAAUUGAUGAUCUCGAUAAACUUAAGAAAGCAGCUAAUGAAUUGAAUGAUUUACGUAGUGUGAUGUCAAAAUUGCAAAGCCUUUCCGAACAGUUACAUCCACUGGAAACUGCAUAUGCAGAUGUUCGCUUUUAUGAUGUAGAUGUUGAGCAAACACAACAGCAAUAUGAAAAUCUCAUAUCUUUGAUAAAUAGCGAAUUACACGAUGAAAAUAUUCUGAAUGAAUCUGCUCAACAAUUGGCUCAAGAAUUAGAAUAUCUUAAUGGCAAAUUUUCAAUGGAAUCGGUUAAUCGUGAACAAUUUGAGGAGAUGCUAAAUCAUCAAUUACCUUCAUUACAAGCUAAGCUGCAAUUUUUACAAGCAAAAGAUGAUGAAGCAAAACGAAUUCGUAUUCAUGUUGCUCGUAUAUCUCAACCAUCAAUUGAAACAUUAGCCGAACAACUGAAUCAUAUUUACGUGCUUGUAAAAGAACGAUUGGAUAAUCUGUCAAAAAUAGAAAAACAAGAAAAAGAAAUGAUUAUCAAGAUGGAAUUAGAAAAGCUACGUACCGAACCAUAUGAUGAAGAGAAAUUGAUAAAAGUUGAAGAACAAUUACAGCAGCUUCCUGUAGAAGAUGAAAAUACGCAAAUAUUAGCUAUAGAGGUACAAAAAUUACGAGCAGAUAAAGUUGAGCGUGAUGCAGUUAAAAAAGAAAUCGAAAUGAAACUAGCCGAAUUACUCAAUCGUAUGAAUGUGAUACGGACAAACUUGAGUGCAAUAAUGGAAGAGAAAGAAUCGGAAAAAGGAAGAACAAAAAAGAAUAAAAAAGCAUUAACCGAUAUUGAUGAACAAAUUAAUGCAUUUGAAUCAGCGUUAAAUGAAACAUUUGGUGAAAUUUUACCACCAAUGAAUGAGCUUAUUUCUCGAUCGCAUCAAGAGAGCAUCAAUCUUCCAUCACUUCAAUCUGAACUUGAAAAUACACAAAAUUUCGCUGAAAAAUGCAAGAGAAAAUUGGAUGAGAAGCUAGCAGAAAAAGAGGAAAUGAAAAUGGUACAAUCUGAGCUUGCAGAAUUAGAAGAAAAAAUAUGUUUAGCUAAUCAAUUGCUAACAUAUGAUGUAAAAAAUGCUGAUAAUCUAGAAGAUAUUGAAGAAAAAGCGAAAAAUAUUGAAAAUUUGGAGCAAUUCAUGAUUUCAACAUUGGAUAAGUUAAAAGAUUAUGAUGGCAAUAUGAUGUUGAAUGAAGCAAUGUCUCUUAUUGAUAAGCUACGUAUUUUACGGGAAUCUAUUGCAAAUCAUCAGAAAUCAUUCGCUGAUUGGAAAAUUGCUUACGAUAAAUUAGAAGAUGAAAUACGAGAAAUUAAUGAUAAUAUGGAAAGAUUAUUUAUUAAUUAUACAGAACCACAAUCGUAUACAACAGCAACAAACGAUAUAAAUAUAUUAGAAGGAUUACAGAAACAGAUCAUGGAAUUAUUAAAGAAAACGAUCAAUAUUGAAGAGAAUGUAGUGCAAAAUUUACCAAACUAUCAUUCUGCAAUCAAUAUAAUGAAGCAAAGAAUUGAAAAAACUACCAAAGAUAUUGAGAAUUUAUUAUCAUCGCUUAUUGAAGAUGUUUCAACACAAAAGCAACUUGUUGAUAUGCAAAACGAUUUGAUCAACCAAUUGAGUAAAUUAAAUGAUUGUGCCAUAAUGGUUCGUAGUGCACCAUAUGAUGAAACACAUGCUGCACGAUUAGAAGAAUUAAAAAAUGAACUUGCAAAAGUAAGUGAUAUAUUGGAAGAAUUGAAAGAAAAGGAAAGGAAACCAAUAAAACUGGUGCAACAUUCAAACGAUUUAAGAAUAUCAUCUAUAGUUGAUCAGUAUGAAAAUGUUAAUCAUCUUCUGAAUGAAACUGAAGAGCAAUUGAUGAAUGAAGCUGCUUAUGUAACAUUACAAUCAACAAUUAACAACGAAACGAAAGAGCUACACUAUAUGGUAGAUGAAGCGUAUAAAGUUGAAAAUGAUACUAAUGCAACAACAAACGAUUUGAAGAAAGCAAUUGAUGAUCUCAAAAAUGGUCGAUCACAUUUGACAGUAUUACAAGAUGCAUAUGAUAAAUUGGAAACAAUACCAGAUACGGAUUCAUUACGUGAGAAAGUAAUUGAUGAAAUUUCAACACUAAAUGAGCAAUAUGAUAAUGUUGAAAGAAUUUUAGAAGAUCGACUUGAUAUGCUGAAUAAAUUUGACGAAAUAGCGGAUAAUGUAAACAAGCAGUUGAUGGAUCUUGAAAAUGAUGCACAUAAACUGGAAAUUCCAAAUGCCAGUUGUGAAUUAUCCGUUGCUGAGAAAAGGCUUAAUGAUGUUAAUAAAUUAGAAGAAUCAUUGAAAGAAUUAUACGAAUUGAAAGAACAAUUAACACCAUUAUUGAAGCCUGUUUUUACAGUUGAAGAUUUCGGUAAUCGUUUAUCAGAUGUGAACAAAAAUUUCCAACAAUGGUACGAUGAGCUUGUGAGAAAGAAGCAAGAAUUGGAAGCUGAAAAUAAUCUAUCAUGUUUAAUCAAUGAUUUCAAGCAAACUCUUAUUAAUGCCGAAAAUGAUUUUGAAAAGCUUGAAGGAACGAUGAAUUCAUUGAAGAAUUUCAGAGAUAUAAUUUUACCAAUGGUAGUUGAAAAAUCGGAUCGUAUCAGAGAUCUAAUACUACCGGUAAAAACUGAAAAUAUUAAAGAGCUUUAUCAUGAUGUCGAUAAACUAACAGAUCGAUAUAAUGAUUUAUCAACACGUGUGAAUGAUAAAAUGAAUCAUGCAAAGGAGCAGGAGAAUCUAUUUGAUGAUAUCCAACGACAGCUUGAUGAUAUGGAACAAAAAGCUGAUGAUUUUCUCAACAAAUAUAUCACUUCACAAGAUUUAUCAAUUGCUAUGGAAGAUAUCGAUCAAUUGCAUUCACUUCUGAAUCAGAUUCCAACAUCAGCAAUGGAAAAUAUCAUUGAACGUGGGCUCAAAGAGAAUUUAUUAAAGAAAGCAGAUAUUAUAAAGAAUAAGAUUAAAAAUUUACUUGUUCCACUGGAAAAAGAUAUGAAAAAGGAGCAAGAAUUGAUGCAAAAUGUUCAUGAAAUACUAUCGACAAUAACUUCAAUUGGUGAUGAUGUUAUUGGAGUUGAUAGCAUAAAUGAGCCAUCACAACAAUUGAUGAGCAUUGGUGAAUUAACUGAAAAUUUGCGAAAAUUGAAAGGAAAAGUUGAAAAACUAGAAGGAAAAUUACAUAAUUCGGAAGGUAUGGUAAAACGUGCAUUAAUAAGUGAUGAUCUUUAUGAUCGUGUUGUACAAUUACAAAAUGCACUUGAUGAUAAGAAAGAGAAAUUAACCGAUCGUGCCAAAUUAUAUUCCACAACUGCGGAGAUAAAUUUGAUCAACGAAAAUGUGCAACAUUAUAUAAAUGAAAUGGAACAAAUACCAUUGCAAACAGUUGAAGAACAAAAUAAUGCAUUAAGUGAGCUUGAAGGAAAGAAACAUCAACUUGAAAUUUUGCUAGAAAAUAUUCCGAUGAAUGAUGAAGGUAAUAAGUUACGUGAGGAUGGUAAUAGAUUACUGGCACAACUGAAUGAUAUUCUAAAACGGUUAGCUGAUGCAGUUGGAGAAAAGCUUGCAGCAUUAGCAUCAUUCAAUGCAAUUAGAGAUGAAAUUGAAAUACAACUCUCAUCAUUGCAAUCAAUGCCAAUAUUUAUUUCUGAUGAAAUUACUCUAUCUGAACUUGAGCAUCAAUUGUGUGAUAUAAAUGAUAAAUUUAUUAGUUUGGAAAGGUUUAAAAAUAAAAUCGAUGAUAUUGAUGAAAGAAAUCUUGAUGUGGACAAAAUUACCGAAAAGCAGAAUCUUCUUCAUACAAUCGAAAAAGCUUUGGAUCAUCUAAAGGAUGGUCAACAAAUGGUAGAGAAACGAAUCAGUGAUUUGCGUAUCGCAGAAAAAAUGCAUGAAGAUGGCAAUCAUUUGUAUGAUGAAUUGAACGCUUUAAUUAAAGAAGGUGAAGAAGUGCUAAAUGAUGCUGAAGCAAUUCCAACUAUAUAUACUACUACAAUGGAUGCAUUUGUGAGCCCUCUUGAAAUGGCAACAAAAUUGCUUCAAACAAUGCUGGAAAAUGACGAAAUGGCUAUACGUUUAAAGGCAACUGUUAAGGAUGCAAAAGUACUUCAAGCCAAUUUGUCACAUCAUGCCAAUCUAUGGUUACAGUUUGUUGAUGAACGAGAUAAUGCAACAGAUCAGCUUGAAAUAAAACGAAAGCCACUUGAUGAGAUUGGAAAUAAGCAUAUUAGAUCAUGUGAAGAAGUAAUUGAUGAUCUCGAUAAACUUAAGAAAGCAGCUAAUGAAUUGAAUGAUUUACGUAGUGUGAUGUCAAAAUUGCAAAGCCUUUCCGAACAGUUACAUCCACUGGAAACUGCAUAUGCAGAUGUUCGCUUUUAUGAUGUAGAUGUUGAGCAAACACAACAGCAAUAUGAAAAUCUCAUAUCUUUGAUAAAUAGCGAAUUACACGAUGAAAAUAUUCUGAAUGAAUCUGCUCAACAAUUGGCUCAAGAAUUAGAAUAUCUUAAUGGCAAAUUUUCAAUGGAAUCGGUUAAUCGUGAACAAUUUGAGGAGAUGCUAAAUCAUCAAUUACCUUCAUUACAAGCUAAGCUGCAAUUUUUACAAGCAAAAGAUGAUGAAGCAAAACGAAUUCGUAUUCAUGUUGCUCGUAUAUCUCAACCAUCAAUUGAAACAUUAGCCGAACAACUGAAUCAUAUUUACGUGCUUGUAAAAGAACGAUUGGAUAAUCUGUCAAAAAUAGAAAAACAAGAAAAAGAAAUGAUUAUCAAGAUGGAAUUAGAAAAGCUACGUACCGAACCAUAUGAUGAAGAGAAAUUGAUAAAAGUUGAAGAACAAUUACAGCAGCUUCCUGUAGAAGAUGAAAAUACGCAAAUAUUAGCUAUAGAGGUACAAAAAUUACGAGCAGAUAAAGUUGAGCGUGAUGCAGUUAAAAAAGAAAUCGAAAUGAAACUAGCCGAAUUACUCAAUCGUAUGAAUGUGAUACGGACAAACUUGAGUGCAAUAAUGGAAGAGAAAGAAUCGGAAAAAGGAAGAACAAAAAAGAAUAAAAAAGCAUUAACCGAUAUUGAUGAACAAAUUAAUGCAUUUGAAUCAGCGUUAAAUGAAACAUUUGGUGAAAUUUUACCACCAAUGAAUGAGCUUAUUUCUCGAUCGCAUCAAGAGAGCAUCAAUCUUCCAUCACUUCAAUCUGAACUUGAAAAUACACAAAAUUUCGCUGAAAAAUGCAAGAGAAAAUUGGAUGAGAAGCUAGCAGAAAAAGAGGAAAUGAAAAUGGUACAAUCUGAGCUUGCAGAAUUAGAAGAAAAAAUAUGUUUAGCUAAUCAAUUGCUAACAUAUGAUGUAAAAAAUGCUGAUAAUCUAGAAGAUAUUGAAGAAAAAGCGAAAAAUAUUGAAAAUUUGGAGCAAUUCAUGAUUUCAACAUUGGAUAAGUUAAAAGAUUAUGAUGGCAAUAUGAUGUUGAAUGAAGCAAUGUCUCUUAUUGAUAAGCUACGUAUUUUACGGGAAUCUAUUGCAAAUCAUCAGAAAUCAUUCGCUGAUUGGAAAAUUGCUUACGAUAAAUUAGAAGAUGAAAUACGAGAAAUUAAUGAUAAUAUGGAAAGAUUAUUUAUUAAUUAUACAGAACCACAAUCGUAUACAACAGCAACAAACGAUAUAAAUAUAUUAGAAGGAUUACAGAAACAGAUCAUGGAAUUAUUAAAGAAAACGAUCAAUAUUGAAGAGAAUGUAGUGCAAAAUUUACCAAACUAUCAUUCUGCAAUCAAUAUAAUGAAGCAAAGAAUUGAAAAAACUGCCAAAGAUAUUGAGAAUUUAUUAUCAUCGCUUAUUGAAGAUGUUUCAACACAAAAGCAACUUGUUGAUAUGCAAAACGAUUUGAUCAACCAAUUGAGUAAAUUAAAUGAUUGUGCCAUAAUGGUUCGUAGUGCACCAUAUGAUGAAACACAUGCUGCACGAUUAGAAGAAUUAAAAAAUGAACUUGCAAAAGUAAGUGAUAUAUUGGAAGAAUUGAAAGAAAAGGAAAGGAAACCAAUAAAACUGGUGCAACAUUCAAACGAUUUAAGAAUAUCAUCUAUAGUUGAUCAGUAUGAAAAUGUUAAUCAUCUUCUGAAUGAAACUGAAGAGCAAUUGAUGAAUGAAGCUGCUUAUGUAACAUUACAAUCAACAAUUAACAACGAAACGAAAGAGCUACACUAUAUGGUAGAUGAAGCGUAUAAAGUUGAAAAUGAUACUAAUGCAACAACAAACGAUUUGAAGAAAGCAAUUGAUGAUCUCAAAAAUGGUCGAUCACAUUUGACAGUAUUACAAGAUGCAUAUGAUAAAUUGGAAACAAUACCAGAUACGGAUUCAUUACGUGAGAAAGUAAUUGAUGAAAUUUCAACACUAAAUGAGCAAUAUGAUAAUGUUGAAAGAAUUUUAGAAGAUCGACUUGAUAUGCUGAAUAAAUUUGACGAAAUAGCGGAUAAUGUAAACAAGCAGUUGAUGGAUCUUGAAAAUGAUGCACAUAAACUGGAAAUUCCAAAUGCCAGUUGUGAAUUAUCCGUUGCUGAGAAAGGCUUAAUGAUAGAUCUAAUACUACCGGUAAAAACUGAAAAUAUUAAAGAGCUUUAUCAUGAUGUCGAUAAACUAACAGAUCGAUAUAAUGAUUUAUCAACACGUGUGAAUGAUAAAUUGAAUCAUGCAAAGGAGCAGGAGAAUCUAUUUGAUGAUAUCCAACGACAGCUUGAUGAUAUGGAACAAAAAGCUGAUGAUUUUCUCAACAAAUAUAUCACUUCACAAGAUUUAUCAAUUGCUAUGGAAGAUAUCGAUCAAUUGCAUUCACUUCUGAAUCAGAUUCCAACAUCAGCAAUGGAAAAUAUCAUUGAACGUGGGCUCAGAGAGAAUUUAUUAAAGAAAGCAGAUAUUAUAAAGAAUAAGAUUAAAAAUUUACUUCUUCCACUGGAAAAAGAUAUGAAAAAGGAGCAAGAAUUGAUGCAAAAUGUUCAUGAAAUACUAUCGACAAUAACUUCAAUUGGUGAUGAUGUUAUUGGAGUUGAUAGCAUAAAUGAGCCAUCACAACAAUUGAUGAGCAUUGGUGAAUUAACUGAAAAUUUGCGAAAAUUGAAAGGAAAAGUUGAAAAACUAGAAGGAAAAUUACAUAAUUCGGAAGGUAUGGUAAAACGUGCAUUAAUAAGUGAUGAUCUUUAUGAUCGUGUUGUACAAUUACAAAAUGCACUUGAUGAUAAGAAAGAGAAAUUAACCGAUCGUGCCAAAUUAUAUUCCACAACUGCGGAGAUAAAUUUGAUCAACGAAAAUGUGCAACAUUAUAUAAAUGAAAUGGAACAAAUACCAUUGCAAACAGUUGAAGAACAAAAUAAUGCAUUAAGUGAGCUUGAAGGAAAGAAACAUCAACUUGAAAUUUUGCUAGAAAAUAUUCCGAUGAAUGAUGAAGGUAAUAAGUUACGUGAGGAUGGUAAUAGAUUACUGGCACAACUGAAUGAUAUUCUAAAACGGUUAGCUGAUGCAGUUGGAGAAAAGCUUGCAGCAUUAGCAUCAUUCAAUGCAAUUAGAGAUGAAAUUGAAAUACAACUCUCAUCAUUGCAAUCAAUGCCAAUAUUAAUUUCUGAUGAAAUUACUCUAUCUGAACUUGAGCAUCAAUUGUGUGAUAUAAAUGAUAAAUUUAUUAGUUUGGAAAGGUUUAAAAAUAAAAUCGAUGAUAUUGAUGAAAGAAAUCUUGAUGUGGACAAAAUUACCGAAAAGCAGAAUCUUCUUCAUACAAUCGAAAAAGCUUUGGAUCAUCUAAAGGAUGGUCAACAAAUGGUAGAGAAACGAAUCAGUGAUUUGCGUAUCGCAGAAAAAAUGCAUGAAGAUGGCAAUCAUUUGUAUGAUGAAUUGAACGUUUUAAUUAAAGAAGGUGAAGAAGUGCUAAAUGAUGCUGAAGCAAUUCCAACUAUAUAUACUACUACAAUGGAUGCAUUUGUGAGCCCUCUUGAAAUGGCAACAAAAUUGCUUCAAACAAUGCUGGAAAAUGACGAAAUGGCUAUACGUUUAAAGGCAACUGUUAAGGAUGCAAAAGUACUUCAAGCCAAUUUGUCACAUCAUGCCAAUCUAUGGUUACAGUUUGUUGAUGAACGAGAUAAUGCAACAGAUCAGCUUGAAAUAAAACGAAAGCCACUUGAUGAGAUUGGAAAUAAGCAUAUUAGAUCAUGUGAAGAAGUAAUUGAUGAUCUCGAUAAACUUAAGAAAGCAGCUAAUGAAUUGAAUGAUUUACGUAGUGUGAUGUCAAAAUUGCAAAGCCUUUCCGAACAGUUACAUCCACUGGAAACUGCAUAUGCAGAUGUUCGCUUUUAUGAUGUAGAUGUUGAGCAAACACAACAGCAAUAUGAAAAUCUCAUAUCUUUGAUAAAUAGCGAAUUACACGAUGAAAAUAUUCUGAAUGAAUCUGCUCAACAAUUGGCUCAAGAAUUAGAAUAUCUUAAUGGCAAAUUUUCAAUGGAAUCGAUUAAUCGUGAACAAUUUGAGGAGAUGCUAAAUCAUCAAUUACCUUCAUUACAAGCUAAGCUGCAAUUUUUACAAGCAAAAGAUGAUGAAGCAAAACGAAUUCGUAUUCAUGUUGCUCGUAUAUCUCAACCAUCAAUUGAAACAUUAGCCGAACAACUGAAUCAUAUUUACGUGCUUGUAAAAGAACGAUUGGAUAAUCUGUCAAAAAUAGAAAAACAAGAAAAAGAAAUGAUUAUCAAGAUGGAAUUAGAAAAGCUGCGUACCGAACCAUAUGAUGAAGAGAAAUUGAUAAAAGUUGAAGAACAAUUACAGCAGCUUCCUGUAGAAGAUGAAAAUACGCAAAUAUUAGCUAUAGAGGUACAAAAAUUACGAGCAGAUAAAGUUGAGCGUGAUGCAGUUAAAAAAGAAAUCGAAAUGAAACUAGCCGAAUUACUCAAUCGUAUGAAUGUGAUACGGACAAACUUGAGUGCAAUAAUGGAAGAGAAAGAAUCGGAAAAAGGAAGAACAAAAAAGAAUAAAAAAGCAUUAACCGAUAUUGAUGAACAAAUUAAUGCAUUUGAAUCAGCGUUAAAUGAAACAUUUGGUGAAAUUUUACCACCAAUGAAUGAGCUUAUUUCUCGAUCGCAUCAAGAGAGCAUCAAUCUUCCAUCACUUCAAUCUGAACUUGAAAAUACACAAAAUUUCGCUGAAAAAUGCAAGAGAAAAUUGGAUGAGAAGCUAGCAGAAAAAGAGGAAAUGAAAAUGGUACAAUCUGAGCUUGCAGAAUUAGAAGAAAAAAUAUGUUUAGCUAAUCAAUUGCUAACAUAUGAUGUAAAAAAUGCUGAUAAUCUAGAAGAUAUUGAAGAAAAAGCGAAAAAUAUUGAAAAUUUGGAGCAAUUCAUGAUUUCAACAUUGGAUAAGUUAAAAGAUUAUGAUGGCAAUAUGAUGUUGAAUGAAGCAAUGUCUCUUAUUGAUAAGCUACGUAUUUUACGGGAAUCUAUUGCAAAUCAUCAGAAAUCAUUCGCUGAUUGGAAAAUUGCUUACGAUAAAUUAGAAGAUGAAAUACGAGAAAUUAAUGAUAAUAUGGAAAGAUUAUUUAUUAAUUAUACAGAACCACAAUCGUAUACAACAGCAACAAACGAUAUAAAUAUAUUAGAAGGAUUACAGAAACAGAUCAUGGAAUUAUUAAAGAAAACGAUCAAUAUUGAAGAGAAUGUAGUGCAAAAUUUACCAAACUAUCAUUCUGCAAUCAAUAUAAUGAAGCAAAGAAUUGAAAAAACUGCCAAAGAUAUUGAGAAUUUAUUAUCAUCGCUUAUUGAAGAUGUUUCAACACAAAAGCAACUUGUUGAUAUGCAAAACGAUUUGAUCAACCAAUUGAGUAAAUUAAAUGAUUGUGCCAUAAUGGUUCGUAGUGCACCAUAUGAUGAAACACAUGCUGCACGAUUAGAAGAAUUAAAAAAUGAACUUGCAAAAGUAAGUGAUAUAUUGGAAGAAUUGAAAGAAAAGGAAAGGAAACCAAUAAAACUGGUGCAACAUUCAAACGAUUUAAGAAUAUCAUCUAUAGUUGAUCAGUAUGAAAAUGUUAAUCAUCUUCUGAAUGAAACUGAAGAGCAAUUGAUGAAUGAAGCUGCUUAUGUAACAUUACAAUCAACAAUUAACAACGAAACGAAAGAGCUACACUAUAUGGUAGAUGAAGCGUAUAAAGUUGAAAAUGAUACUAAUGCAACAACAAACGAUUUGAAGAAAGCAAUUGAUGAUCUCAAAAAUGGUCGAUCACAUUUGACAGUAUUACAAGAUGCAUAUGAUAAAUUGGAAACAAUACCAGAUACGGAUUCAUUACGUGAGAAAGUAAUUGAUGAAAUUUCAACACUAAAUGAGCAAUAUGAUAAUGUUGAAAGAAUUUUAGAAGAUCGACUUGAUAUGCUGAAUAAAUUUGACGAAAUAGCGGAUAAUGUAAACAAGCAGUUGAUGGAUCUUGAAAAUGAUGCACAUAAACUGGAAAUUCCAAAUGCCAGUUGUGAAUUAUCCGUUGCUGAGAAAAGGCUUAAUGAUGUUAAUAAAUUAGAAGAAUCAUUGAAAGAAUUAUACGAAUUGAAAGAACAAUUAACACCAUUAUUGAAGCCUGUUUUUACAGUUGAAGAUUUCGGUAAUCGUUUAUCAGAUGUGAACAAAAAUUUCCAACAAUGGUACGAUGAGCUUGUGAGAAAGAAGCAAGAAUUGGAAGCUGAAAAUAAUCUAUCAUGUUUAAUCAAUGAUUUCAAGCAAACUCUUAUUAAUGCCGAAAAUGAUUUUGAAAAGCUUGAAGGAACGAUGAAUUCAUUGAAGAAUUUCAGAGAUAUAAUUUUACCAAUGGUAGUUGAAAAAUCGGAUCGUAUCAGAGAUCUAAUACUACCGGUAAAAACUGAAAAUAUUAAAGAGCUUUAUCAUGAUGUCGAUAAACUAACAGAUCGAUAUAAUGAUUUAUCAACACGUGUGAAUGAUAAAUUGAAUCAUGCAAAGGAGCAGGAGAAUCUAUUUGAUGAUAUCCAACGACAGCUUGAUGAUAUGGAACAAAAAGCUGAUGAUUUUCUCAACAAAUAUAUCACUUCACAAGAUUUAUCAAUUGCUAUGGAAGAUAUCGAUCAAUUGCAUUCACUUCUGAAUCAGAUUCCAACAUCAGCAAUGGAAAAUAUCAUUGAACGUGGGCUCAGAGAGAAUUUAUUAAAGAAAGCAGAUAUUAUAAAGAAUAAGAUUAAAAAUUUACUUCUUCCACUGGAAAAAGAUAUGAAAAAGGAGCAAGAAUUGAUGCAAAAUGUUCAUGAAAUACUAUCGACAAUAACUUCAAUUGGUGAUGAUGUUAUUGGAGUUGAUAGCAUAAAUGAGCCAUCACAACAAUUGAUGAGCAUUGGUGAAUUAACUGAAAAUUUGCGAAAAUUGAAAGGAAAAGUUGAAAAACUAGAAGGAAAAUUACAUAAUUCGGAAGGUAUGGUAAAACGUGCAUUAAUAAGUGAUGAUCUUUAUGAUCGUGUUGUACAAUUACAAAAUGCACUUGAUGAUAAGAAAGAGAAAUUAACCGAUCGUGCCAAAUUAUAUUCCACAACUGCGGAGAUAAAUUUGAUCAACGAAAAUGUGCAACAUUAUAUAAAUGAAAUGGAACAAAUACCAUUGCAAACAGUUGAAGAACAAAAUAAUGCAUUAAGUGAGCUUGAAGGAAAGAAACAUCAACUUGAAAUUUUGCUAGAAAAUAUUCCGAUGAAUGAUGAAGGUAAUAAGUUACGUGAGGAUGGUAAUAGAUUACUGGCACAACUGAAUGAUAUUCUAAAACGGUUAGCUGAUGCAGUUGGAGAAAAGCUUGCAGCAUUAGCAUCAUUCAAUGCAAUUAGAGAUGAAAUUGAAUACAACUCUCAUCAUUGCAAUCAAUGCCAAUAUUAA